AUGGCGCCGACUAGAUCCCUUCCCAGUAUCCUCUGUCUGAUGUCAGUCCUGGUGCAUUGUCUGAGCCAUAACGUCAGUACUUGCGGUACUACUGCUUCUCGAAAGUUCAGUGUGUACUGUGGUACUCCUAGCUCUCCGUUAGUAGGUGGGCGUGCCCGGCCUCAUCCUGCCACACAACCGGCGCCGGGGAAGCGCAUGUCUUCCACGACUAGCUCCACACACGGCUCACCCGAUUCUCCACUCAUUCAGCCCUUCCCUCUCUCUCUUUCGUCGCCGUGUCGAGACCUUUCAAUGUGCCCUGAUCUCCACACAUUCGAGGGAACAUUUCCAGACGGCCGGCGCUGUGGCUGGACCCGGUCGCCCAUUCUUCAAGCCAUCAAUGCGCUACCCUCGCCUUUGACUCGUCCAAUCCUCAUCAGAAGGCCUGUCAGGAAAGCCGGUUCGUCCAACAAACCUUCUCCAUUCGCUGUGCCUCUCGCGUUCCUGCGUUUUUUUUUCCCUCCGCUAAGGCCGCGGCCCGACGCUGCCAUUCCGUGUUGGAGACAAUAUCGGGCCCAUGUCCCCGCACCAAGACAGUUUUGCAUUUGCUCUCUCUCUCCCUCUCUGGUACAACCCUUUGAACAAAAUUCGCGUCAUGCUCGAGCAGGGUCACGCUCGUUUGCAAUCUCCCGAGAGCCGCACGACUGGUCCCUGAGUCCUGACACUGUCCUUCUGGAAUGUUUCCCCACAUUGAUGCUGGUUACCUGUGCUGGGGCAAUGUUCACGUUCAUGCGGUGUGAUAAAGUUGACCAAGGACGACCCUUUGCCAGGUACGCCGCUGAAACGAUUCCCAGGCCGACGUGCAAUUGGGAAAUUUCGUAUCGCAGUGGCUCACGGCCAGGCACGUGGCCUGACCGCCAACCCUCCAGUGAACGCUCUCGAGCCAUCGUCACAUUGUUCACCUGGCGACUCCGUUGGAUGGAUGGCCGGCCUUUAAUCGGCACAUGUAGCUUCAUCGAGUUAUGCCGAUCUAGGCAGAUCUUGGACUUGGAAGUGCACACAGAGAAGAUCGUAAUCGAAGCAAGGCAUAGCGUCGGUCUUGGGCGACUUGAAUGUCAGAAUAAGCUGCCGCGACUACAGGUCUCGCUGCAGAUUUGUCACAAGGCUGCAGAUGCCAAAGGUGAAAUGUUCCAGGCACAGCAGAGUUUCGCAAUCUUGGAUAGGUCGGACUCAAGCGGGCCGUUACAAGACGUUGUGCGUCGAGCGCACUCGUCAGACGAGUCUCGUCCCUGGGUCUAG